AUGAUAGGUUGGAGCCGAUUAUUAUUCUACCAAGCGAUUUUAAGGUGCCAAAGAGCACCCUUGGCAAAUCACAACCUCAGGGUCAGGAAAUUCAAUUCUCGGUGCUUGCUACCCGAAGAUUAUGGUAAUUUGCAUCAGCGACUUUUGCGGACUUUGAAAAUCGCUCCCCAGCCUGAUUUGAUCCUUGAUUACAAAGAUAUCUCUAAAUUAGACAACAAUUCGGUGGAGGAAAGGAUUAAUCUGCAAAAAACUUGUGAUUCACUCCUUAGAUUUUGUGUGUUGGAGCCAACUAUCCGUCUUUGCAACUUGUUGGGUAUCAAUGUUCAGUUGUCUAUCAAACCGUAUCGGAUAACCAGCGCUAACCAAGCGUACGUCCCCGAUUAUCUUGUGCGGUACAAAAAUCAAACAAUAUGCGUGAUCCAAAUAAACGAUGGGAACUUCAGUGGGAAAAUCAUCUCAUGCCAAGCGGUAUCAUAUAUGGUAUUCGAGAAUUGCCAUAAUCUUCUCGUUAGUGAUUUUUUCACCUCCCACUUCAUGCAAUAUGGUAGUUGCGAGCCCAAUUCCCCAGGCAAAAUCCGGUUCGAAUAUGAUAAGGUGAAAUAUGACAACCCGCUGUUUACUAUUAGAGCAGCUUUGGGAAUUUUAAUUCUUGAUGAAGCCCGGAAAAUUGAUAAGGAUCCUUGUGAGUACCAGAGCGAGUUGAAGAGCAGAAUGGAAAGUUUGGAAAGACAAAUCAUCAAAAUUUGA